AUGGUAAGAAAUAGUUUAAAAACUUUAAGCAUCAUGGUUGAUCUAUCGAACUAUCCUUAUCCAACGUACGAAUCAAAUAGAGCUGCUGCUGGUGCACUUGCUGUACUCAUCGGUAUUUCAUUAAUUGCAUGGAUUGUUCAAUCAAUUCAAAUACGUUUUAAACCACGUCGACCUAUUAUUCUUAUGCUCAUAUCUCAUCUAACCAUUGUUAUUCAUCUUAUAUUACGUGCAGCUUUUUCUACGGAAAGACGUAAUUCGAGAGUUGGUUUUACAGUUAUAACAGUUCUACUUGCCGUUGGUCUACGUACGAUUAUUUUAGCCAAUUAUGAUUUUCUUACACAAGUAGACAAACUUAAAACAUGGAUCUCUCGAACUAUUAUCAUAGGAUCGAUGGUCACCGUUAUUGGAUCAGCAGUUCUCAUGGCUCCAGCUGGUACAUUAUCAUAUGACUCUGAUACAAUCGAAAGAAGUUUUGCAUUACGACAAGCAUCAUCUGGCAUUAUUCUCGGUUUAACUAUUCUCUUCUAUCCAAUUUGGUUUGCAAUAAAAAUAACAAAACAUAUGACAAAACAAGCUAUUAUUCUCUUGAUUAUUUCAAGUAUUGCUUGUUUGAUUGUUUCUAUUUUUCUUGUAAUUACAUCAGUUCCACAAUAUUAUGUUGAUUCAAAUGAUAGAGAAUUUUGGUUCUAUGUUUUUCAACUUACACCUAUUGCUAUUGCACAAUUCACAUGGACAAUCUUACAUCCAAAACGAACAUUAAAACCAACAGAUCCAUCAAAAGACGCAGCAAAUAUCAACGCUAACAUUAAUGAUGACUUGUAA